AUGGGCAACAAUACUGAGUUACUUCAGCAACUUCUACACAAAUUGAAGACUGUUUUCUCUUUAAAACAGUUGGGUAACAUUUCUACUUUCCUUGGCAUUCAAUUCUCUAAAACUGCUGAUGGCUAUUUUUUGCAUCAAACACACUAUCUCAAAGAGAUACUUCAUCAAUCGGGCUUUACAGAUUGUAAAUCUGCUCCGACCCCCAUUACCAUUCGUUCAAAUGCGCCGCAACUUACAGACUCACCGUUUCAUGAUCCCACUUUAUUUCGCAAAUUGGUUGGAUCCUUACAAUACUUAACCAUCACUCGACCCGAUAUUGCCUUUACAGUUAAUCAUUCUUGUCAACGAAUGCAUUCUCCGACCAUUAAAGAUUUUCAGGCUCUCAAACGCAUACUCAGAUAUCUGCAAGGUACUUCUACAUAUGGUCUUCCAGUCGUUCGUGGUUUACUCUCUCUUUCUACCUAUGUAGAUGCUGAUUGGGCUGCUGAUCAACAUGAUCAGAAAUCUGUAACUUGUUUCUGUACCUUUCUCGGUCCAAAUUUGAUCUCUUGGUGUGUUAAGAAACAACCAACGGUUGCAAAAUCAUCAACGGAAGCUGAAUAUCGUGCAUUAGCCUCGGCCACUUCUGAUGUGAUUUGGCUUCGUCGUCUUCUUGGAGAAUUGAAUGCCCCUCAAACUACAGCUACAAGGAUCUUCUGUGACAAUACAUCAGCCAUGGCAUUGGCACAUAAUCCCAUUUUUCAUGCUAGAACCAAACAUAUUGAGAUUGAUCAUCAUUUUAUCAAUCAACACAUUCAGUCCAAUGCCAUCCAGCUUCUUCACAUUUCUUCAGCUGAGCAACCCGCGGAUCUCCUCACUAAGCCACUGCCUAUUACAAGGUUUCAUGACCUCUGUUCCAAAUUAACAAUCCGAUCUCAGGAUUGUUCCUUUGAGGGGGGAUGUUAG